GGCGUUUACUGUAAGCAGCAGUUUCCGCAUUUGAUUUGUAUGGCAGCAUAAUGGCAGACAAUUCAAGCAAGUUUCCUGCGUGGUUUAUCUUUUUUGUUUUGUUUUUCCUACAUGUGGACUGUUCAUCCGCUGAAGGGAAAAACACAAGCCACACAUGUAUUGAUGGCACCUACGAGCACGGCGGUGCGACCUGUUGUCUGUGUAGUGCUGGUAUGUACGUAAAGGAGCACUGCAAUACGGCUCAACAAGGAAAAUGCGAGAGCUGUAAUAGAGGGACGUACAGCAGUCACCCUAAUAACGAGGAGUUCUGUGAGCCCUGCAUAUCCUGCUCACAUCCUAAUGCCAAUUUAGAGGUGGAUGAACCCUGCACUCGUGCCAGGAACGCUAAGUGUCGAUGUAAAAAGGAUCACUAUUGCAGCAGUGGCACAGAAACCUGUAAAAUAUGCUACCCUUGUAAAGAAUGUACUGAGGGCAUCAAAGUAGCCUGUACAGCCAACAAUAACACAGUCUGUAAUGACAACAUUGAAGGGGGGAAUAACGCUAAGAUGAUAGUUGGCAUAACUGUCCCAAUUGUAAUCCUUGUACUUGGACUUGGACUUGGAUUUGCAUUGUGGAAAAAUAAACACAAGCGUGACCGGAGGGGUAAACAUACUCAGGUUCAACUAGGAAAUGGAAGUGCUGAAGCUCAUGUUGAGGAGAUGGCGGCUUUUAAUGUUCCACUUCAGGAACUCGAGGCCCGCCUGCCUGACAUUGCAGAAGCAAUUGGAUGGAGGGAUAUGCGAGAUGUAGCAAGGCGCAGCAACGUAUCAAACACUAUUAUUGAGGAUUGCCAACGGAACCACCCUGGUGAGGCUCAGGAGCAGACAUUCGAACUACUACAGAAGUGGGUGGAGAGGCAGGGCAAGGAUGCCUCAAAGAACUUGAUCCAAAGCCUACAAAGAAGUGGAACAAUAAGUAAAGCAGAGCAUGUGAUUUCUAUUUUAAAUAGACCAAAUCUUCCUGCUUGAAUGUGUCUAUUGUGAGCACUUUUUAAACAUUUGCAUAGCUGUCUACUGCAGAAACUAUUCUUUUUUAAAACCAGUCGAGAUGUUUUCAUAAUCUGUAAAUACUCAUUUAAGAUUUAUGUUUCCUAUCAUGUGUCUCUGUCUGUACUUGAACUUUGUAAAAGUAGAAUUUAAGAUUAGAUUUUGGAGAAAUGUUAUAAUCCACAAUGGUGUUAGAGGAAGGAAUCCCAAUGAUCUGCUUCUCAGUUUAUUAAAUACUGGAUUGAGAGGUUUCCUUCCAGUAUAGGGUACGGAAGUGUUCAAAAAGAUGAAAUUACAUUACAUUACUUGCACUGAAUGAAUGCCUGUGUUGAUGUAUUGAUAUAGUUUCUGCCACAGCUUAUAAACCUCAAUAAAAGUAUUAUUAGUGAAAGUGUCA